AUGCUCCCAGCCAUCGUUUCGGCGCUGGUCCUGGCGGCGCCAGCACUUGCAUCAGUGACUUGCAAAGUGACCCCAUUGGACUCAACAUGGCCUUCCAAUUCAGACUGGGUAUCUCUUAACGCCUCCAUUGAUGGUAGGCUCCUCCACACUGUGCCCGUCGCCUCGUCAUGCUGGCCGGGUAAUCCGUUUGGAUCACCCGUCUCUUGCGGCAACGUUCAAUCGAACUGGACCAACGGAAUGUGGCUCUCUAAAUUUCCCGAAUCAAUCGAUUACCCAAUCUAUGCGAACAAUUCUUGCUUGCCCCCGAACGCUCCGGGCUACGUCGAAGGAAGAGGCUGUACGACUGGAGGUCUGCCUGAGUACAUCGUGAAUGCGACCACCGAAGAGCAGAUCGCCACGGCAAUGCACUGGGCCUCGAAGCGGAACAUUCGGAUUGUAGUCAAGGGAACAGGUCAUGAUCUAAACGGAAGAUCCAGCGGUGCAUUUGCCCUAUCUAUCUGGACUCAUAACUUGCGCAAGCUCGAGCGCAAUCGGUCCUGGUUACACCCUAGCAAAAACACCUCUGAGGACGUAUUCAUUGUGGGCAGUGGUCAGCAAUGGGGAAAUGUACUCGACAAAGCCCUCGAGCACGGAAGAGUGGUUACCACUGGCCAGGAUCCUAGUGUUGGACUGGGCGGCUACAUUCAGGGCGGUGGUCAUGGCCCCCUCUCCCGCACCUAUGGCCUCGCAUCUAGCCAUGUUCUCCAGAUGAGGGUUGUCACGACUGAAGGUAAGAUUCUGAUAGCCAACGACUCCGAAAACCAGGACCUGUUCUGGGCCCUUCGUGGGGGAGGUCCUGGCCUGUAUGGGGUCGUCACAGAGUACGUUAUCAGGCAUCACCCGGCGCCUAGCAGUGUGACGAUAGGCAAUCUUUUGAUUGCGCCUAAGGAUAGUAGCAACCGAAGUGCAGAAUUGUCCUGGGAUGCAGCUGUGACCCAUCUCUCUGCUCUUCCAGACCUGAUGGAUGCCGGCUUGGCCGGAGCUUGUAUGCUAGCGACAGGUCAAAGUGCCAUGAACUUUGCAUCACUUUCAGAACCCACGACUGGUGCUGUUGUCCAGCAGGUUUUUUGGUCGUUCAACUCCACACCUUCGGCCAUGGAGGCACUUGUCAAUUCUAUUCUGUCAAACAUCUCUCAUGCGGCUGGUGGAAACAACAGUCUCUCCAUCUCGUUCAGUGCUUCCUCCCAUAGUAAUUACUCGUCUUUCUUCAGCGCCAUUUCUGGGAGUGACGCGGCCGGCGGGCAGAGCGUAGUGUCUAGCCGUUUGCUAGGACGGGCCGAGCUACUUGACACGCCUAGGCACAAAAGACGUGCCUAUCUCAAGAUAGCGAUGCGCUCUCAAAAUGAAACCGCCGGUACGUAUGCGACAAUUGGUCUACAAGGCGGCCCCGGGGUGCACAAUACGCAGGAGGGAGAAUGGGGCGCAUUGCUUCCAGCCUGGCGCUCCGCCUAUCUGCAUUUCAUUUCCAAUGGUGCUACGGUUGACCCUACUGCUGCGGGAUCGCCAAAGAAGGCGCUGAAAAGCGCGGCUCACUUUAACGAGGUUAAGGAAAAGAUGUGGAGAGAGUGGUCGCCUAACUCGGGUGCCUAUAUGAACGAGGCGAACCCAUUCACGAGCAACUUCAAGGAGGAUUUCUAUGGCUCAAACUAUGACCUUCUGGCAAAGAUUAAGGCUAAAUACGACCCUAGUGAAAGCCUGUUUGUCCUCUCUGGCGUGAGAAGUGAUAUGUGGCAAUAUGACUUGGAUACUGGGAAGUUGUGCAAAGCUGAAUAA